AUGCACCAUGGCUGCACACCACCUGUUGUCCACCGCGACAUUUCAAGUAAAAAUAUUUUACUGUGCUCUGAACUGAAAGCUCAUGUCUCAGACUUUGGCACCGCAAAGUUCCUGAACCCAGAUUCUUCUAACUGGACCACGCUUGCUGGAACAUAUGGCUACCUUGCCCCAGAGCUAGCUUUCACCAUGGUCGUAACAGAAAAAUGUGAUGUAUAUAGCUUUGGCGUUCUUGCGCUCGAAAUUCUAAUGGGAGCACACCCACAAGAUCAGAUUUUGAGCCUUUCAGCAAGCAUGUCAGAUGACCAACUGAAAAUAAAAUCCAAAGAUGUCUUAGACCGUCGUCUUGCAUAUCCUACAGGCCAAGAGCUUAUACAGCAGCUUGAAUUUGUGUUACAGAUAGCAACUUUAUGCCUCAAUAUUAAUCCACAAUCAAGGCCAACCAUGAAUUACAUCUCUCAGAUGUUCGAAACGAGAUGUGGAAAUGAUAAUCCCAAAGCCAUUGACUUGUAG